AUGUCCGCCAAGAGAAAGAGUCGAAGACUCCCACCGCUGCCGUCGUCUCACACGGUUGCAGCAAGUGAGCCAGGCGCCGUGGAGGAGUCGGCACUGAUCGAUGUGGCGCCGCUUGCGCUCAAUCUCAUCCUCGAUGCCGUGCUGUGGCCGAGAGCAGCCGCAGGGCAUCGUCACGCGCCGAACUCCUCCACGUCGGGCGAGUACUCGUUUUCGGCGGCGCACAAGGGUGUCAUCGUGCCGAUGCUGGCUGCAGCUGCCGGCAACGUCAUCGCCGAAGACGCCAGCGCACCAACCGCCGCCAUCGCCGCACUCGGCGCGGAGGCCUUCACCGAUGCCAUCGUCGCUGCCGCUCGCAGAUGUCUCGCUGGCAAUUCUAUCCUCGGCACAGACUCCAGCCCGGCAGCACCGGGCGCCCGCAAGCUCGCCCGUGCGCUGCUCCGGCGCUACGAUCCGGAGCGCGGUGAGGCCGACGACAACGACGAGGACGUCGGCGGCGACGAGGAGCCGCCUGCGCAAGCGCACGAGCCGGUGGCGGUAGUCCGCUUUCUCGCUUCCCUCGUGUGUGACCUUGGAGCGGAAAUACCGGCGCUUUCAUGGCUGGUCGACGAGCUGGUGGUGGCGCUGGCGGUGCCUGCCGCCGCCGCCUUUGCCGCCGCCGCGCCGUCGCUGCUCCCGGCGGUAGCGUGGGACGCGCCGUUUGCGGUCCUCGACGCCGUCACCUCGCUGGUUUCUGGCUUGCUUCGCAGUCAGGAAAGCCUGCUGCCACAUGCCCUCAAGCUCCUUCACGCUGCCCAUGCCCGGGCGCGGCUUGUGCUCGGCGACGCUGUCCGUGCCGCCGCCGCCGCCCUCCCGCUCACUGCUCUGCCCUCGCUCACGACGCUCGUUGUCACAACCGCGGCAGCAGUCCGGCUUGCCGACGCGGAUGGAGCGGGGAGCAAGCGUGAUCCAGCGUCUGCUCUUGUGCGGGCAUGGCUCGAUCUUGUCGCCGCCCUCGCCGCGCCGCUCACCGAGUACCUCGCGCUGCAGCUCGCGCCACCGGCCGGCCGCAUCUCGCCGCUCGGCUCGGCUGCCGCUGCGCUGGUACACGUCAGCGUGCUGGUCCGAUCUCUUGCCGCUGCUGCAGGUGCGAAUCUUCAGCCGCUGGAGAUUCGCGUGGUAGUGGCGGCGCUCGACGCUGCGCUCGACGCUGCGCUGGCGGACGGCCUCCUUGCGCUGGACCCGAGUCAUCCGGCGGCUGCAGCCCACGACGGCUGCGACGUCCUGCUCGCAGCAGCAGCGCUUGAGAGCGCCAUGGCGAACGCAAAGGCCGACGCUGAGUCGGCGCUGGCGCACGACGCUCGGGCCUCGGCAGAGUGGGCGGCACUGGCGGCGGUCGAGGAGCAGCGAGCGAGCACCUGGCGCGAGACACUCCCACAUCUCCUUGCGCCGCUGCUCCACGUGUGGAUCGAGGCCACACGCGCACAAAUCGCCGAGUGGACAACGUCUGCACUGCUGGCCGACACGCUGACGCCGGUCGAUCCGGGCGGACAGGUCACGACCUCGUCGUCGUUCAUUGACCUGUGGUGUCUUGUCGACCAGGCACUCGCGCCGCUCCGCAAGCACGCGCGCCUGGUGACAAGCUCAGUCCAGCGCGAUCUGGCAGCGCUCAUCCACGAUGCGCUUGUUGGGUAUGUCAACGCGAUGGCGCGGGCAGUGGUGCCUGCGGCUGCGCCUCACGAUGCUGCGCAUGCGUAUGCUGACGCGCCACGCGAGUGGAUGGUCGGGUGCCUGGACGUGGCUGUUGCACGCGCGAGACAUGCAAAGGCCUCUGGCCGCAAAGCCAAGAAGGCUGCUGCUGCAGCCGCUGCCGCUGCUUCUAACAUCGGUGCUGAUGCCGUCGCACUCGCUACAGGUCCGGCGGCGCUGGCGCAUGCAGCUGGCGGAGACGACGCCAUUGCUCUACUGCCAGGAAUGGUGGCUCUGCUUGACGAGUCGCUGCCGGCCAUUGUGGCGCUCAACAACAUUGAUGGGAGUCGGAGCAAGCUCAACGAGCUUGCGGCCAUGGCGCUCGAGGCGACGCUCGGCGAGCUUGCACCGUUGCGGCGGCGGGCGAUGCGGGUGGCAGCUUGGCCAUGUGCACAGGCACUGUGCGCGCUGGUUGGUGUGGGGCUAGGCGACGAGCGCGUCGCACCAGCAACGCUGGCUCGAGCUGGAUGUUCCAUCUUGGACGCGCAUCUCGAGGCCUGGGUAGACGCAGCACGGGCGCGGGUGUUUGACGGCCUCCUUGCGGCGACGUGGGUCAGUGUGAAUGCGGUGCUGUAUGCGGUUUUGGUGCCUGGCGGCCGCGACGGACGCGCUGGGCGUGGCAUUGCUGUUGAUGCCGAGGUUCUGGGCGCGGUGUGUGCGCUCCGCGAUGCUGCCGAAGACCUGUUUCACGCCUCUGGCGAGGGGCUCGGGGUGGGCCGACUGCGGCGGGCAUCCGCGCUUGUGGGCUCACUCGUUGAGCUUCACCAGCUUGACUCUGAUACGCUCGUGGCGUCUUACCACUCGCUGGCAGAGACCGAGGCGCUGGCGGCUGCGGCGGGAACGGGCGCACCUAUAUGCUGUGCUUAA